AUGACACAUCUGUCUAUGAAGCUAAAAGCCAUGUGGGGUCUCCUCCUCAUGCUGUGUUUACUAAGGGUGGCCUUGUGUGACGAUACAUCCAUUGAAAAUAGAUGCGGAAAUGAGAUCACAAAGUUGACCAAUUGCUUAGACUUCGCGACUGGGAAGACCAGCGAGCCGGCAGGAUCGUGCUGCGGUUCGGUGUCGGACAUCCGGCAGCGAGAUGCGGUCUGCCUCUGCUUCAUCGUCCAGCAGACGCACGACGGAUCGCCGGGAUUUAAGAGCCUUGGAUUGCAGUUCCCGCGGAUGCUUGCGCUCCCGGGGGAUUGCAAGAUUGCUAACUCCAGCAUCACUGAAUGCCCAAGUAAGAAUUCCACAACUAAUAGCCCCGCAAGCAGAAGCUUUAAUUUGAAGCUUUUGCUUCUGCUGCCGCAAACAACACUUCAUAAUAUGUCGUCGUUAACGCGGCUGUUGUGCAAUGAUCUAGAAUGA